AUGGCAUUUAGAUGGACGGGUACCGUCGUCCCUAAAAUACUUCCGUCGGCGCUUCUUUGUACGGUUGUGGGUACCAUUAUAACAGUUAUCUAUGAAAAAACGGAUUUGAAACCGAGUAUUCCACAAGCUUUUAUUCCGGUUCUUGGGUUUGUUGUGGGUUUGCUUUUGACCUAUAGAACUAAUACCGCUUAUGAUAGAUAUUGGGAAGGUCGUCGAGCGUGGUCUACUAUGGAAGUCGCAAUCCGCACAUUCACACGUCUUAUCUGGGUCAACUUAAAAGAAACCGAUAGCUCAGAUGUAGUACAAAAGAAAACUGCUAUCAAUUUAUUAUUAGGAUUCGCUAUUGGAACAAAAUACUAUUUACGUGAACAAGAAGGCUCAAAACAACCAGACUUACAACCACUUAUCGUCGACAUCCGAUCAAAACUUCCCGGUUAUGAACCACUCGAAGAUCAAGACAGGGCCGAAGAAUUCCGUCGCGCAAGUGAAGAAUCAGCAAGCAAAAUCGAUAUGUUGGUAAAAAGCAAAAAGAAACCACAUCAACGAGAAAAGGGCGAAUAUGUCCCAGAAAAUCAUAAUAUCCCAUUAGAAAUUUCGCUUUAUCUCAGCUCAUAUAUCAAAGCACAAAUGGAUAACAAGAAUUCUGAAGCCCCGGUUACCACUGCUAUGUUGAACUCACUCAACACCAUGGUUGAUUGUUUGACGACAUUCGAAAGGAUUCUUCGAAGUCCUAUUCCAAUCGCUUAUUCGACACAUUUAUCACAAACUGUGUGGGUUUAUUGUCUUACAAUACCAAUUCAAUUUGUGCAGUUGUUACAUUGGUUCACAAUUCCGUUUGUGUUUUUCGCUACUGGUGUGUUGCUUGGUAUCGAGAGGAUUGGCGGAGAAAUUGAAAAUCCUUUCGGUAUCGAUGAAAAUGAUUUGGAUUUGGAUGAAUUCUGCAAACGUCUUGCUCGUGAACUUAACUUAAUCACUGCACAUGCACCACCCCAAGCUGAAGUUUGGAUAUUUAGCAAGGAAAAUGUGCCAUUUGGUAAAGAGGCCGGAGUUACCGGCGAAUCAGCUGUCAAACUCGAAAUUGAUGAGGUUCGAUCGUUACUUUCACAGCACGAUGAAGAACACGGGGAGGGUAAAACUCCGUCUGAGAUCUCCAUAAAAUUUCAAAAGUACAUUGUUGGGUUUCAGUGCUUAUCAGUUAUACAUGAAAAUUUACAUUUGUGCUUAGAACCAAAGUCAGUCAAGAGUCUAGAAAGGAAACAUUACUCUGUUCGAUAUUCCAUGACUGACAACUUGAAUUUUAAUCGUCAUUUUUUCGAAGGGCGACAAACUGUUUACUUCGAACUUGGUGAAGCAUGGCCUUGGGUAUAA